AUGCUGUCCCCGGCUGGGUGCGCUCGGCCUUACGUCCCAGUCUUCGGCGCCGGCGGGCCCUUGUCCGCCUCAAGGGCACAGCCAGCGGGCCGGAGAUACGCGAGGAGAUUGAGGCUUGAGAAGGCCUCCAUCCUCGCCGCCACGGCGGCUCUCACCGUGGGAGCUUCGACGAAAACUUCGCCGCGCGGCGUGGGCUCAACCCGGAGCUCGAGCGCGGUGGCCAUGGGAGGUAUCUUUGGGCAGGCAAGUGUUCCAGACUACUUCGCUGGGAAGGUGGUGUGGAUCACCGGUGCCUCGGGCGGCUUCGGAGAAGCCCUGGCGAAACGCCUGGCGCAAGAUGCGAAGUUGAAGGGCCUCAUUCUCAGCGCCCGACGGCAGGAUGCCCUGGAGCGAGUAAAGGAAAGCUGUUUGAAGCUGGCCUCGGGCGAGUUGAAGGUGCAAGUCCUACCCCUGGACCUUGCCGAGAUUGCCACGUUGCCAGAAGCCGCUGCCACGGCCAAGAGCUUUUUUGGUGAAGUGGGGAUUCUGAUUAACAACGGCGGCAUUGGUUUUCGCGGCUUGGGGGAGGAGACGGAAAUUGAGAUCGACCAAAUGGUGAUGAAUGUGGAUUACUUCAGUGGCGUAGUACUCACAAAAUCACUGCUGCCCGACUGGCUACGGCGCGGUGAGGGUCACGUGGUGCAGGUCUCUUCUGUCCAGGGCUUCUUCGGUCUCCCGGGGCGGACAGCCUAUGCGGCCGCCAAGCACGCGGCCAUCGGCUUCUACGACUCCUUGCGGGCGGAGGUGGCGGACAGAGGCGUCUCUGUCACAACUAUUUGCCCAGGGUACAUCGCAACAGGUCACAGUGAGAAUGCCGCGAAGGGUGAGGGCGUAAAAUACCCCGAGGGUCACACCAGCAAGGGUGUGCUGCCAGAAGUCCUUGCGCCGGAAGUUCUCAAAGGCAUUGCCCAGAAGCGCCCAGAGAUGGUCCCAGCAGCCCUCGAUGCGCGCUUGGCGCGACAGCUGCGCAACUGCUGUCCGCACUUGUUGUUCUGCAUCAUGCGAAGACGUGCCCAGAGAGAAGCCAGACAACGUGCUGCCCACCAACUGACGGACAAGAAGUCCGAAUGA